AUGAACCCCACGGAUGUAGCAGACACCACACAGGAUGAAAACGCAUACAAUAACUACUACGCCUACGAAAGCAUGCCCAAGCCAUGCACCAAGGAAGGCAUCAAGGCAUUUGGGCAGCUCUUCCUGCCUCCUCUUUAUUCCUUGGUCUUUCUGUUGGGUCUGUUUGGGAACUCUGUUGUGGUUCUGGUGCUGUUCAAAUACAAGAGACUCAAGUCUAUGACUGAUGUGUACCUGCUGAACCUUGCCAUCUCAGAUCUGCUCUUUGUGCUUUCUCUCCCAUUCUGGGCCUACUAUGCCGCCAACCAGUGGGUUUUUGGACUAGGUCUGUGCAAGAUUGUUUCAUGGAUGUACUUGGUAGGCUUUUACAGUGGCAUCUUCUUCAUUAUGCUCAUGAGCAUAGAUAGAUACCUGGCCAUCGUGCAUGCAGUGUUUUCCUUGAAAGCGAGGACUCUGACCUAUGGGGUCAUAACCAGCUUGGUCACGUGGUCAGUGGCUGUGUUCGCCUCCCUUCCAGGCCUCUUGUUCAGCACUUGCUAUACAGAGCACAACCACACAUACUGCAAAACCAAGUACUCAGUCAACUCGACGACUUGGAAGGUCCUCAGCUCCCUGGAGAUCAACGUCCUGGGGCUGGUCAUCCCCCUGGGGAUCAUGCUGUUUUGUUAUUCCAUGAUCAUUAGGACCCUGCAGCAUUGUAAGAAUGAGAAGAAGAACAGGGCGGUUAGAAUGAUCUUCGCUGUGGUGGUCCUCUUCCUUGGCUUCUGGACGCCGUACAACGUGGUGCUUUUCCUGGAGACCCUGGUGGAGCUUGAAGUUCUUCAGGACUGCACCUUGGAGAGGUACCUAGACUAUGCCAUCCAGGCCACAGAAACCCUGGCCUUCACUCACUGCUGCCUCAACCCCGUCAUUUACUUCUUUCUUGGGGAGAAAUUCCGGAAGUACAUCGCCCAACUCUUCAGAGCAUGCUGGGGUCCUCUUGUACACUGUGAUUUCCUUCAGGUCUACUUGGCUGACACCCCCAGCUCCUCUUACACGCAGUCCACUGUAGAUCAUGACCUCCGUGAUGCUUUGUAA